GCUAGUAUAAUAUACUUGUAAUGUUGUUUUCCUGUAUCUAACAAGUUUUUUCUUUCCUGAUUUUAGGCAAAGCAGUCUUUAGCAACUCUUACAAAGGAUGUUCCUAAACGCCAUUCACUAGCGAUGCCAGGUGAAGCUGUGUUAAAUGGUAACCAGGAGUGGGUAAUGCAUGCGGACCUGCCUCUUACUGCAGCAAUCCGACAAAGUCAGCAAACCUUAUACCACGUACAUCCGUCGCACACAGCAGAUCGACAAGGUGUCAGAGUUAGCCCUUGCCAUUCACGGCAGCCCUCUAUUAUAUCUGAUGCAUCAGCUGCAGAAGGAGAUAGGUCAUCAACACCAAGCGACAUCAAUUCUCCAAGACAUCGAACGCAUUCGCUCUGCAAUUCUUUAGAAGAUCUUGAAGACCAAAAGCGUAAGAAGAAAAAGGAGAAGAUGGGCUUUGGAUCCAUUUCAAGAGUGUUUGCAAGGGGAAAACAGCGAAAAUCUUUAGACCCUGGCCUUUUUGAUGGUACCACACCGGACUAUUACAUAGAGGAGGAUGCAGACUGGUGAUUGGUUGUAGCAUCUGCUUACUCUGUACAUAUACUUGUGAAAGGGCGUAUGUGCCCGUUUUAUCAAACCAUGGAACAAUUGAGCCUUUUUUUGUGUUUGCAUCGCCAAUUCUGUAAUUGCUGUAAAUAUUAGAGAAAGAUGUGUGUGAACCUGUUACUUGUCUUUAUAGCAAUGUAGUUGUAUUGUAAAUUUGUCUUUUUAUUUUAUCUUUUUUUUUAUUAUUAUUAUUAUUAUUAUAGGGGGAAAGUUUGUUUUUUUUUUCUCUAAGAAACUUGAAAAUCUGAUGUGUAUUUGUAAAUAACAAAAUGUGCACUUUGUGCUUGUAGUGUCUGUCUUAAAAAGCUGUUUUCUUGAGCCCUUUGUGUGAUGCAUUCUGUAUUUGAUAUGUUUCAAGCUGUUUUGAGUGACGAUAUCCUGUUCAAGGGGUGUGCCAGCGCUUUGUAAAAAAAAUAAAAUAUAUAUAUAUAGAUAUAUAUAGAUAAAUAUAUAUACUAAAUCUUUAUUCAGGAAUUCUAAAUUGUAUUCCUGGAUGAAGUAUUACCUUUAAUGCCUGCCAGACAGAAACUUUUUUUUUUUUUUUUGUAUUUUUAAUUUAUUUGCAUAAAUGCACAAAGUUGUUAUAUCUAAAUUAUAAAGUAAAUGUUGAAGUUAUAUUUUCCUAAAGGAUGAAGGGUAUGUUUAUAUCAUUGUGUUCUCUAGAGCUGCUGCCUCGCCCGGUUCUUUAAUGUAGGUUAUAUAUGGUGGACUCAAAUACAAAUGCAGCGGAACCAAAUUAACUUUAUUAACAAAAACCUGUGUCAAUAUUCACUUGGUCGUGUCUUCCACUAUUCAACUUAUACCAUAUCCACAGUAUUUAUGAACUAGUAACUUAUGUUUUGUGGAUUGUUAGGAAUCAGUAUAUCUAAAUGCUUACUAAUGAACAUUUUUAACUAUUUUGUUGCCAAGUGGCUACAAAAUUCAUCACAUGAUGUUUUAACCUUAUAACAAAUCUCUUAAACUGUUUGCAGUCCAUAAUUCAGCCAUGACCUGAUAAUGAAUUAGGGAAGGCUGUAUAUAUUUUUAACAAUGUAAAUAAUAACCUGGAUAUAUAUAUAUAUCAAAGUUAACAGUUGCAAAAAAAAUGUAAUCUUGGGUACCUUUUCUUCUGCAAUUUCCAUUAAAAUGCAGCAAUGUUUGGUCAUGCAGAGUAGACUGGCAGUGGCAUAAAAAGAUCUUUUAUUUGGGCAUUUUUUUAAUCAAAGUACUCUCUGUGCAAGUGACUGUAAGUCUAGCUUUUUCAGACAGCUGGGGUUGCAAGUAGCCAGCUCUGUGCUUCUCAGUUUCGACUAAUGUGGUACAUAAAUGCUGCAGUACAAUUUGCUUUAUCCUUAAAAUACUGAAUGUCAAAAUCUGAAACUGUAAAUGAACAUUUGAUAAUGUAGAUGGUAUUUUUUUUUCUCAGUUUAGUGUACCCUAUUUAAAGGGAUAUUUAGUCUUAAACAUCUAAAUGUUUUUUCUUAACAUGAAUAUUUUCACUGGCAAACAGUGGCUUAACAACUCAACUGCAUUUUAAAGGGAUUAGUCUGAUGACAAAAAAAAGGCAUAUUUGCUUUUUCAUAGUCAGACAAAUGUUUUUUAAAGCUUUUUUUUUUUCUUGCGUUUUAUUUUUUUAUAAAAAGCUCAUUGUUAUUUAGUACUUUUCAUUACAUGCUAGGAAAUAAUUCUAAAAAAUUACUAAGAUGGUCUAUUUAUGAGAACGAUAAUAAGUAGUUUAAUUGAUUGGUAACACUAGUUUUAAUAAUUAUGCCCACACAUGUGUGGAUGGAUUCUAAAGGCAUGGAGGCAAAUACAAAAAAAAUAAAAUAAAGCUUAUUUUAAAAUAAAA